AUGACACCUGUCCACUUCAGUUUUACCGCAGCUUUCACCCUUGGCUUAAUAGGACUUGCAUUCCACCGCACACACCUUCUCUCCGCCCUAAUUUGCUUGGAGGGAAUAAUACUCUCCCUUUUCAUUGCCCUCUCCUUAUGAACACUUCAAUUAGAAGCAACUGCCUUCUCCACCGCCCCUAUAUUACUCCUAGCCUUUUCAGCCUGUGAAGCAAGCGCAGGCUUAGCCCUACUUGUAGCCACCGCUCGCACCCACGGCACGGACCGCCUUCAAAACCUAAACCUUCUCCAAUGUUAA